AUGUCCGUGGAUAAGAGUAAACGUGUAGGUCGCUGGUAUUUUGGAGGAAUGGCAAGUGCUUGUGCAGCAUGUUGUACUCAUCCUUUGGAUUUACUCAAGGUGCAGCUUCAGACUCAGCAAGGAGAAAAAGUGAAAGCCACAACAUUAGUGAUUCGCAUUCUUAAAAAUGAUGGUGUCACUGGACUUUAUAAUGGACUCACAGCAUCUUUGCUUCGACAACUUACAUAUUCCCUAACAAGAUUUGCCAUUUACGAUACUGCCAAAAAACAGCUUGUGAAAGAUAACCAAUCAAUGCCAUUCUAUCAAAAAGUGUUGCUGGCUGGUUUUGCUGGGGCUUCAGGUGGUGUUGUGGGUACACCUGCAGAUUUAGUCAAUGUCAGGAUGCAAAAUGAUAACAAGUUACCAAUGGACCAACGAAGGAAUUACAAACAUGCUUUGGAUGGUCUUUAUCGUGUUUACAAAGAUGAAGGUACACCUCGAAUGUUUAGUGGUGUCACAAUGGCUAGUAGUAGAGCUGUGUUUGUUACUAUUGGUCAGUUGGCCUGUUAUGACCAGAUCAAAUCCAUUUUGUUGCAUACUACAUUUUUUGAAGAUAAUUUAAUCACACAUUUUUCUGCUAGUGUACUUGCAGGAACCAUAGCUACAUUCCUUACCAUGCCACUGGAUGUUAUGAAAACACGUAUGAUGAAUGCAGAACCAGGAAAAUACAAGAACAUCCUGUCUUGUGCUUUGGAUAUUAGCAAAAAUGGACCUUUAGGAUUUUUCAAGGGCUUUAUGCCAGCCUUUGUUCGUCUUGGACCUCAUACAACCUCUUUCUCAGCUGAAUCAAUGGAAUUGAUUGAAAAGGCAAACUCACAUUAUUAUUGCCAGGUUAGUAAUUUUGAUCCCAACCUGCUCAAAAUUCUUAAUAGCCCUUGGAAUUUUAGACAAAAAAAAAAUUGUGAUUUGUUCAAAUAUCUAUGA